CGAAUUACCAUCCCACCACUUAUUUUUUAUUUUGUUACCUACUUAUUCCACUUUUUAACCAAGCAUGGCCAAUACGGAUUCAGUAGAAAAAGUUGACAAAGUCGACGCUAUGGAAGUCGAAGAAACAGAGGAAGCCAAGCAAUUGCGGCUCCAGAAAGAGGCCACAGCGUCCCUUAUUGCCGAUUUCAAACGUAACUUUGGCUUGCUUGAGCGUGCCGUGGAAACCAUCGAGUCACGGUUUACCACUCGCGUUUUGCGAACAUUGCCUUCCAUUCGUCGUCGUUUAACCGCGCCAGUCUUGGCUCAAGUCAUCUCUGAAUGUUACGGUCCCAACGAUGAUCAGAAGACACGGUUAUUGCAAUACUUGGGACAGGAGGGCAAUGCUAUGGAAGUGGAUACCGCUGCCAACGACAAGAAAGGCUCCAUUCUUCCUGAGAUUGAUAUGUACUUGCAUCUCAAUGUUCUGAUUUUCUUACUUGAUAACAAUGAACUGCAAAAGGGUCGUGAUCUCGCCAACAUAACCGUAGAACGCUUGUUGCAACUGAAUCGCAGAACCUUGGAUCAGUUGGCUGCGCGAGUCUACUUUUAUCACGCCCGUUUCUACGAAUUGACAAACUGUCUUGCCGAAAUUCGACCAAUGCAACUGGCUGCUCACCGUACGGCUACAUUGCGCCGUGAUGACGAAACACAAGCUACCUUGCUCAACUUGUUGCUUCGCAACUACUUUUACCAUAACCUUUAUGCGCAAGCGGAUAAACUGGUAUCAAAGAGCACCUUUCCCGAAAACGCCGAUAACAAUCAAGCCGCUCGUUACGCAUACUACCUCGGUCGUAUCAAAGCUUUGCAGUUGGAUUACACCUUGGCUCACACUUACUUAACGCAAGCCAUUCGCAAAGCGCCACAGACGAACGCCACGGCAGGAUUCCAACAAGCUGUGUAUAAAUUUGCUAUUGUUGUUCAGUUACUGAUGGGAGAAAUUCCCGAACGUUCGCUUUUCAGACAACCUAUCCUGCGAAAAGCCUUGUAUCCUUAUCUUCACAUUACUCAAGCUGUGCGCAUUGGUGAUCUGAACAAAUUCCAAGAAUGUCUGGCGCAGUUUGAUGGUGUGUUCAAGAAGGAUAAAACAUAUACAUUGAUUUUGCGUCUGCGUCACAAUGUCAUCAAGACCGGUAUUCGCAUGAUCAGUUUAUCGUAUUCCAAGAUUUCGCUGAGAGACAUUUGCAUCAAAUUGCAUCUGGAUAGCGAAGAAGAUGCCGAAUUCAUUGUUGCCAAGGCUAUCCGGGACGGUGUGAUUGAUGCUACGCUGAAUCACAGCAAAGGAUUCAUGAAGAGCAAGGAAAUUGUGGAUAUUUAUUCGACCAACGAACCGCAACAUGCUUUCCAUCAGCGUAUCAGUUUCUGCUUGAACCUUCAUAACGAUGCUGUGAAGGCGAUGCGUUUCCCUAUGGAUGCGCACAGAAAGGAACUGGCGAAUGCUGAAGCUGCACGUGAAAGGGAACGAGAAUUGGCUCAAGAAAUCGCUGAAGGUGAUUUGGACGACGAAGGCGAUCUUGGCGAUUAUUAAACCAUCCUGAUGAUGACAAAAGAAAACAUUUGACCAAAAAAAACACUAUAAUAAACCUCUACAGAGAUCGUAACCUAUGAAUUUAACAGUAUCAAAAUAUUACCUUGCCGAUGGUUCGAGCUGCCAAUGUCAAGGCAACCCCAUC